GUCUAUCAGAGAGAGGCCAUUCUUGUAGUAUAAUAUUAAAUAGCCAUUAUCUGUGGAAGCCAUAACACACAAUGGACCAGAUUAAUCAAGGUAUUUACUCCACAGUGCAUUUUGCACAGUCUUGGGGAAAGGAAAAUACAUCUGUUGAUGUUACAAAACAAACUACUCCCCAAUUUAAUGAAACCAGAGUACAUCUGCACAGUUUUCUUUGUCUCAUCACAAACCACACCGAGUGUAAAUGUAAGAACCUGUGUCUCGUUUUUUUAUCCUGUUUCAUCACAUUGCUCAUUGUCGUGUCACCUAUUUAUCGACAAUUAUAGCAGUGUUGCUUAUCCCAGGGUAGUAUUUAUUUUACAUUUUAAAUAUUGAAAUAUUGACCUACAUUGUGGAAACACUAAAAGAAAUUACAAUUCUUUGACAAGUGUUUCGACAACACAUCUUUAUCAAUGUCAUCAAAAAUAAAGACUUGUCAAGUUUCCUAUUUUCCUUUGGUGUUUUUACAUACACUGUACAGACCUUUUCAUAUCACUUCACAGGGAAUGAGGAAAAAGGGUGACAAAAAGGGGAGUGGACUUUAACAGUUCACCAAUAACCUGGCAAAACAAGCAUUAAAAAACAGACAACAAUGAUGCCUACUUUGCUGUGGAACUUAGUACAGGUAACAGCAUAGCCUGGAUUACAAUAGCGUUCAUUAAUAAAAUGGGUUUUCACUCAGUACUGUUCUAACUAUACAUAUCCAACACAUUGUAAUAAUACAGUGUUCUGUAUUCUAUAUUGGGCUACCAUACUUUAUAUUAUAUUCAGAACAUCUCAACACUCUACAGCAACUUGUUUACAUGUAAACCUUCUAACUGAUGUCUUUAUUUCCCAAAAAAUAUAUUACGGUAGAUUGGGUGGAAAUCAGGUGUAUGGCUGAUAAAUGCACUAAUAACAACUGGAAUGUAAUAAUAACCAAAUUGAUAUUAUCAGGAGCUUGUCCCAAUUGACCCCCAUAAUAUUCUGUGUGGGACAUUUCAAUCUGGUAAUAAUAAGCAAAGGAGUGAUAUUUUUAGCAGGGCUGACUGUCUAACAAUUGAUUGUUUUAUAUUAUGGAUGAAAUAUUGCUUUAGAAAAAGGACUGUGCUUGCUUCUAUGUGGUCCUCGUUUGCAGAUGAGAUGAGAAGGCCAGCUGCAGGAGCAGGCUUCAUGAGCAGAGCAGGGAUGCUGAGUGAUGACAGGGAGGCUCUCUAUGUUCAAGGGAAGCAGUUCCAGCAGCAGGGGGAGCCGGAGGCUGCUCUCAAAUGCUUCCUGACUUGUCUGCAAGGCCUGACACAUGUGCACAGCUUUCAGUCUCUGCCUGACUGUCUUCACCAGAUUGCCGAAGUGUUCAACCACGAAAAGAAAUAUGUGAAAGCCCUUCAGUUCAUUCAAGCGGAGAAGAUGUUCUAUGAAGUAGCUUUAGCAGACCUCGCUGCUCUUCAGGGGAGCUCAGUAUGCCUGACAGCUCCUCCUGAAGUAAUGCAGCAGGGCACAGGAGGAUGGCUCUCCGAAGAGGAUGUGUCAGAGCAGGCCUGUCAAGCCGGGGACUAUGAGAAGCUAGCUCAAGUUUGCAUCAUGAGUAAAAGACCUCAUCUUGCUUUAGAAUACAGUGGAAAGGCAACUAAAAUUCGACAGAAGGCUUUUGGCAAUGACCAUCCCAUUACUGCAAGGAGUCUGGAGCUCCUGGCCUCUGUCUAUGCAGAAAUAGGAAAGACAGAAUAUUCGGAUACAAUAGGACAGUACACCUCUGCGCUGUCGAAGACUUUCUCACCUGCCGACUCAUUCAGUGAAGUUUUAAAUGGGGUGCCUUUAGCAAAGACAGAGGUCUGCCCAGACAGGAGGAGACUGCAUAAGAAGGAUCUGCUGCUUUCUCCAACAAACAGUAAAGAGAAGGUCACAACAUGUAAGUGUCUUACCUCUAUACUGCGGAAGAGGUCAAGCUUCAGCUGCUCUGAGAACAAGUUCACGCACAGAAAGAAGUCAGACCGAAGAGUCCGGUUCAGGGAGCCUGAGGUCAUUGUACAUGACAUUCCUUACUAUGAUUGUUUACUAGCUUAUGACCAAUCGACCAAUAGAACGUACUUUGCCCUGCUGGCUUGCAUCUUCGUUUUAUUGUCUGUGCUGGGAGUCGUACUGUACUGCACUGACAAGAGGAGACAUUUGAAAGUGUGCGAAGAAUUGGAGUCGAUGUUAAUUGUCUCUUUUCUUCAGAUGAAGCAAAUCCUCUGGAGUUGUUGGAUGUGGCUCACAAGGCAAUGACAGCAAGAGCGUGAAAAAUGAAAUGUGAGACUUUCCACGCUCCUUGCUCUGGCUUUUCUCAUAAAGCCAGGCUUCAGGAAGCAAACAACUUAAUUUAUGUUUCAGGACAUUUUGAAAUUCUUCUGCUGUUUCAGAAAUCUGGUCAAAAAAAAAAAAGCAUUUCUUAAUUUUCACUAGUAUAAAACACUGUGUAAAUGGUACUAGAAGCAUAAUGUGGUAACCAUGGCAAUGUAAAUAUUUUUGAUGAAUUAUUUUGUUUUCUUUCAUUUUCCUUUUUUAUCAUAUUAUGUUCGUUUUUCCAGUGAGAAAGGCAUCCGAACUUGUUUUCUAGCAUUCAGUUACUGAUUGUCUUUAUCAGCUGAGCAGAAGGACCUCAUGGUCAGUGGGUGCAGACUGCAGUAGAGAAGGCUUUAGGUAGAAGGCUCAUCUGCGGUAUUUGCUCACCAACCAAUUUGAAGAAGUUGUGAACCUGGUGUAAAAGCUAUGAAUACAACCCCUUGGGUACUGAGAUCAUAGAGUGAGCACCUGAGUGCUGAUUCUAUUCAAAUCCAUAAAUCUUACCUGUUAUAGACUUUCAUGCACUAAAUAUCUGUUAUCAGUCAGUCACAAGAGGUGUGGUUUUUAAAGAAACAGUUUUGUUUUAUUUUAAGACAUCUAGUGCUACACUAGGAUAAUGAAACCUCUGUGAUACUUGUGUUGUUGUGCAUACCUCCUUGGUCAUUUGAUCUGGAGAGUGAAAUUGUCUCUACUCCUUCAAUGCCUUCUUUCCAGUCAUUAACCAACCAGUUUCUUCUGUUUUGCAGACAGUAACAUGCUUUGACACUGAGUUAAGGUGAUAUAACAUAGGAGGUGAAGCCGAAACAAGUUUUUCAUUACCUAGAAUUUUAGGAUUGAGAAAUAACUUAAGAAAAACUAUAUGAACAUAAUAAUCUGUUAUUUCAAAUCAUGUACUCAAAGAAACUACAAAACUGUAUCGCAAAAGUCUACCGGAAGCCAUAAUAGUAGUACAGUAUUUCAUGUUACAAUUUGAAAUGUCACUGUGACGGGGUGCCCCUCUCGUGUGUUAUUUUAUGUUUUAUGUUUUAUGUGGUGUUUUAUUGUUGGUGUGUUUGUAUUGGUGCAUGGGAUAUAAUGGGGCUGUCUAGCAUGAGUGAUUUCAAAUAUAUAGUUGUAUUUAGGCACAGGGAUUGCACAAUCACUUCACCUGCAGAUAAUUAGUUCACAUGCUUAGUAAUUGAAUCCCAGCACAGCUGUAUAUAUAGAGCCAGUUUUCACACACAUGGGGUUGGGUGUUCGUGAGUGGAGAACGAGAGUGAGACAGAGGAGGUAAAAUCUAAAAUAGAAAUAAACAAUUGCUACGCGUGCUUGAAGACCAGCACGAUACUUGUUUUUUAGUGUUCGUCCAUCUUUUGUUUGUCUGUCUAUUUGUUUUGGCCCUUGUGCCCUUUUGUUUUGUGUUUUGUUAAAAGUCUGUUUGUUUGUUUCACCAUCCGUUUAUUCUUUAAUAAAUACUGAGCGCAGCCAUUGCGACUCAGCUUCACCCCAUAUUCACUCUGCGUGUUUCUGUUCUGGGUCUGACGUCACCACUACAGCCAUCCUUGUGACAGUCACAUUUUUUAAUUGUACGUUCUUCUUCAUUAAGAAUAUGGAAAACUACAAAGCAAUAUGUAAUUCAAUAUGUUAACGUAACGUUAUUCAGCAAGUUUCCUUUAAUUUUAUGAAGCAAAAUUAGUUGAUUCUAUAGGGUGAUGCAAAACUUUUGACCAUAGCUGUAGUACCUGUUAUAAAAAAAAAUGUGUUUACUAUAACAUGUGUUUCUUUCAAAACUGCACCUAUAGUGACUGGUAAGAUUUGUAGAAUUAUGUUUGUAAGCUACUACCACCAAAUUGUAUAAGCUUGAGAGGCUUUUACACUAUUAAACAACCAAAUGUAAUUGUUUUAUUUGUCUUUGUAUACUAUAAACAAAUAAUGGAUUUGCAUUUGCAUAAAAUUAUGAUUUAGAAGGAAAAAUGUCAGAAAAUAAGAUAUAGUCUGCUUCUGAGUUUCAGAUUCUGUUGAAAUGCA